AAAAUUACUCAAUCAUGCUACAUAUACACUUAGGGCAGUUCAGGUGAGCGAGCUACUACACAGAAUCAGACAUCAUGAGUAUUAUGAGCUAUAAUGGAGGAACAAUCCUCGCCAUGGCGGGGAACGAGUGUGUUUGCAUCGCCUCAGAUUUGAGAUUGGGAGAACAGAUGACAACAAUAGCAGUCGAUCAAAAAAAGGUUCAUAAAAUUGGUGAUAGAGUUUAUGUCGGUCUCAGUGGAUUUAGCUCUGAUGCAAAAACAGUGCUGGAGAAGAUCACAUUUAGGAAAACAUUGUAUGAAUUGAGGGAGAAUCGCAAAAUUAAACCUGCCGUACUAGCCACAAUGAUCUCAAACCUUGCUUAUCAGCAUCGCUUUGGAUCAUUCUUCACAGAACCCUUGGUAGCUGGCCUCGAUCCAGACACUAAUAAGCCUUACAUAUGCGCUAUGGAUACGAUUGGUUGUAUCGCUGCACCGCGGGAUUUCGUCGCGGUUGGCACUGGACAGGAGUAUUUAUUAGGUGUUUGCGAAAGCUUCUGGCGGGAAAACAUGAGUCCGGAAGAGUUGUUUGAGGCUACUGCCCAAUCCAUGUUAUCAUGCUUAGAACGAGAUGCUGCAUCUGGAUGGGGUGUUGUUGUGUACACUAUCACUAAAGACAAGGUGAACAUCAGCACUUUGAAGGGCAGAAUGGAUUAAUAAUGGCCUGUACUUCUUGCUCAUGCAGAGUAAUGGGUAUCGAAUCGUUUUAAGAUCUUUAAACUUGGUUAUCUACAGCUGUAACUCAUUGGCCUCUUCGUUAUUGGUUGGUAAAUUGCAAUUAAUGAACAAUAAAUUAAUUCUACGGCACGCUGUUUGUUAAAUUAUGGAACAGAAAUCGGUCAACGGCGCAAUAAUAGCUUUAUUAAAAAGUAGUUUUCUUGAUAAAUUGAUGAUCUAGUUUCUUUUCG